GAGGCAGAAAUACUCGCCUUGACACAAAGGCCCUGGGCUGAGCAAGGGGCAUCCGCCUCCCAUCAGGCAUUGAGGUUACAGGACCCUGUUUAGGAACAAAACGUUUUGAAGUCAAUAACUCGUGAUACAGGAAGCAGUGGUCAAGCAGCCGUGAAUGUAGUGUUUACUGUUAUCUUGUGUCAUACGUGUGAACCCUUUAGCGCACACACACAUCUGAGCAGGUGAGGCUGAGCAGGUGUUCAAGCAUAAGCACACACCCCUGACCCACCAGCGUACAGUAUGUUGUCUCCUACAUACAUUCACAGAGCCAUUGUUCUAUACUUCCAGGUGUGGGUCACCCUAUCCCACUUCUUUAAUUAUGCACACAAAGAAGGCCCCCAUCUGAGGUUUGGGUCCAGGUGAUGCUGCUCCUUGCUCUGACUGUUCAUUGGCUGCUCCAGAGUAAAGAGACAACACCUACUGGAUUUUCUCUCUUAUUAGGCUAUGUAUAUUUUUCCGCUAUAAUUAUAUUUUUCUAUAAUUUGUUGAUACUUCUAGCAUAACAUCCACUGUAACGUUGUUGGUAAUUGCACAGUUUCUGGACCAUAUUGUAAGUAUGCAUGCAAGUUUAUAUUUUUUGUAUAUAUAAUAUAUCAGAUCUUGAAUGAAGAAAUUGAUAAAUUGCUAAUGACAAAAAAAUACUUGAAUUAGUGUUGAGUUAAUUGCAGAUUGAGACUCUUUUUCCUUACUUUUAAUAUAAACGCACAUACUUAUGUUAUUUGUUUUUGGACAGGUGACAUUGCUUAACCGGCAAAGACUAAAUAAAAUCUUAAAGAGUUUUCAAGAGUUUCCUGGCAAAGACAGGCAGCAGUAACAAUGACAAAUGACAAAAUGUUUUAGUUUCAAGUAUAUUGCGAGCCAUUGACAGUAACAGGUGAUUAGAUGGGUAAAUGCACAAAAUUCAAUACAUUAAGCAUUUAAAAAAACAUCAAAUAUGUAUUAAGCUUUUCCAAGUUACAUUUGGACUAUUGAUAUUAGAUAAUACAUGUUCUUAACAUUAAAUCAUUCAAUUUUAUAUUAAAGUGUGUUGAGCAUAACAUAUUUUCAAAGUUAAAAGGACAUGUGACUCCUGACGUUCAAGCAUGCAUCUGACUUUAAUUGUCAGUGUAGUAUUUAGGCUAAUGAAUGGCGUUAAGCUUUUGAAAAAGUCCUGUGAAUCAGAAAGGUUACCUGAAGCAGGAUAUCAUGUCUCUCCAAACUCUAACACACUUUCUCCUGCACUCUGUGAGGCCUAUGCCACCAUCAUUGCCUGGGGUCUUGUUUCACCACUUCUUGUGUUUGUACCAAGUACUACGAGCUGUGGCCCGUGUUUCCUUAAAUUGAGCAUGUGUGGCAUCAAGGGGGUCUCAGUCUCUUAGUAGAUUACUUUGAAAUCGUUUAUACCCACUGCUGUGUGAUGCUCUGUGUCACAUCUCUCUCCAGGAGGGUCCCUGCUUUACUCACUGUGUGUUGUUGUUAAUCUUGUUGUCUUUUUCAGAAAGAGGAGCUUCUGUUGCUUUGAAAAUCCGGACUGUGAAUGAACAGAGCCAACAUGGAAAACAGCAAGCCAGUGAAGGAGGUGCUCCCCCUGCCUCGCCACCCUUCACCACUUCCUGUGACCUCUUCCUCCAUGACCCCUGCUGCCACUUUGAAGAAACACACCACAGGCUCUAUGCAGAAUGUACAGGUGGCCUCCUCAGUGGUGACAUCGUUCAGCCAUCUGAAGCCUCCCGAGAGGGAUCUCACCCUAAUGUCCCACAUGAAGUCAAUUAAGUCUCUGAGGCACGCUGGCUUCACUGCAGUCUUCACAGGACAAAGUAAGCUUGACUGUGAGGAUCUGUUGGAGGAGGAACCAUUCGUUGAUGUGAUCCUGGCUGACGUUGACGCCCUGGUGCCCACUCACGAUGAAGCCGGCAGCCCUAUAGCAGAGUGGAAACGACAGGUGAUGGUGCGGCAGCUGCAGCACAGGCUGCAGGAUGAGGAGGAACAGAGGAGACAGUACAUGAGUAAUGGAUACACAUCAGUGGAUGACGGCUGGAAGUUCUCCCAAGCCUACCACGCAGUCUUGGGCCCUUUUGGUGAGCUUUUAACAGAGGAUGACCUGGUGUACCUGCAGCAGCAGAUCGAGACUGUUUCCCUGCAGAAGCGCUGCCAGGCCUACGAGCUGGAGCUGACCAGGCUGACCCAGGAGCUGAGGGCCAUUUUACCUGAUCCAAUUGUAAACAUCUCCCUUAACAAAGAGGUCCUGCAAAAGAUGGACGCAGAGGGGAAAAUGCACCUGACAUUGCCAGCAUGGUGCAGUCGUGUUUCAGAGAUAGUUAAGAGCAUGUCACUACUGGUGGCUAAUCUGACACAAACCACAGAAGAAGGGGGUGAGAGGGGAAUAGUGGAAGGCAUGGUGGAGCAGAUGAAGGGUUUGCAGGGGGUAAGAGAUAGUUUAGGAAUUGAUUUGGGCCAGGAAAUGGUGCAACAUGACCAAGUGAUGGUGUCAGCACAUGGUGAGACCUCUGGUGUGUGUAGGGUUCCUCAUAUAGGGAUGACGUCGGCUUUAAGCCAUCGUCUGGAGACCAACAGCUACGGCAGAGCAGGGAGGGAGAGGGUGGAGAGAGAGAUCCAACGGUCUGGGGUGUCAGUCAGAAACCUCAGAUCCAACUUUGAAGGUCAGAUUGGCAGUAUUUAUCCCUUUGCUGGGGUUAUGAAAGGAGGCCUGGGUUUGAACAGCCAGGUAGGGUUUGGAUCUUCAGGAGUAAACAACCAGAAUGCCAACACAGGCCUCAGCUGCGAGGUGAGUCACUGUGAUCUUCCAAAAAAAGGUAUACCUGUGAUGGAGACUACCAGCUUGAGGAAAGAGCGUAUUGUGGUGCUGUUCCUGAGCCACUGGAAGAAAUCUGCAUAUGCUAUUUCAGUAAGAGCAGCAAGGCAGAGACAGGGACAAGGACAGGAAGCACUGUCAGACACAGUGACAGGAACUUCACCCCAACAGAAAAUCACCUCCAUGUUUCAAAUAUGCCAACAACGAGGUGUAGUGGCCAAGAUGCUAAACUCUUGGAGGAAUAAACUAGAACUCAAAGAUGGACAAAAGUUCUGUUUGUUCUCCUCCAACUUCUCACAAAAUCCACCACCUCGAGUAACAUUCUCCCCAGAGCAGUUCCUACCAGAUGUGAAUGGUGUUGCAGUGACCCAUGACAGCUUGACCCUUGACCUCUUCAUGCUGGGAUACUUCCACAUCUUAGAGCAAGAGCUGUCACCUGAGGAGAGAAAAAUGAGGCAUCUACUCUGCUUCGAAGUCUUUGACCACAUUGGCAUUUUCUCCUGGGAGAUAGUGAGGGAUUUCCACAAGGCUGUCCUCCAGGAAAUCCAGGCUGGGAGUCGACAGUGGAGCGACGGCUUCGAGGACAUCAAAAUUCGCUUCUUUGGGGACUCGAGACCAUGCCGCUGUCCAUCGCCAUCAUCAUCUUUAUUGUUGUCAGAUUCCAGACUUGUACCCAAAGUUAUAGUUCAAUCUGCUAGUCCAGUCUCUGGUUUCAACAAAGAAGACAUUUGUGAAUAUAUCGACCGCAGUUUUGCUUUCUGGAAGGAGAAGGAGGCAGAGCUGUUUGAUUUCAAACAGUAGUAUUAAGGUUAAAUUGGACAUUUUUGCACACGUGGUGUCAUGUCCGUGUCCGACGGGUUGAAUAAAAUUCAGUUGAGAAGACACUUAAGACAUAGUUAUCGUUGUUAGUCAGUUAGUUGUUUACAUAGUAAUGACUGAAAAACAGAGCCUUUAAGAUAUGCAUUUACUUUUCCUUUAUA